GCGCCCGCCUCGCUCAGUCCGAGCCGAGCCGAGCCGCCACCGCGGAGAAAAGGGACCGGGCUGCGCUGUGCGGGUUGGCGCUCCACGCGAUGCGUCUGUUUCUGCUGGCGGUGCUCCUCUCGUGCUCCUGCGCGCGGGCCGGCUGCGAGCCCAAGAUCGUGAACAUCGGGGCCGUCCUGAGCCAGAAGAGGUACGAGCAGGUGUUCAAGGAUGCCGUGAACCAGGCCAACCAGGUGUACGGCCGGGACAAGUUCAAGCUCAACGCCAUUUCCGUCACGCACAAGGCCAACGCGAUCCAGAUGGCUCUGUCGGUGUGCGAGGACCUGAUCCACAGCCAGGUUUACGCCAUCCUGGUGAGUCACCCGCCUCAGUCCAGCGACCAUCUCACCCCGACGCCCGUCUCCUACACCGCCGGCUUCUACCGCAUCCCGGUGGUGGGGCUCACCACGCGCAUGUCCAUCUACUCCGACAAGAGUAUCCACCUGUCCUUCCUGCGGACGGUCCCGCCGUACUCCCACCAAGCUCACGUCUGGUUCGACCUGAUGCGCGAGUUCAACUGGAACCACAUCAUCCUGAUCGUCAGCGACGACCACGAGGGCCGGGCGGCUCAGAAGAGGCUGGAGACGCUGCUGGAGGAGCGGGAGACGAAGAAUAAAAAAAGGAACUAUGAAAACCUCGACCAACUGUCCUAUGACAACAAGCGAGGACCUAAGGCAGAGAAAGUCCUACAGUUCAGUCAGGAGACAAACUUAACCGCGCUGCUGCUGGAGGCCAAAGAGCUGGAGGCCCGGGUCAUCAUCCUGUCCGCCAGUGAGGACGAUGCUGCCGCCGUGUACAAGGCGGCCCGCUUCCUCAACAUGACGGGCUCGGGCUACGUGUGGCUGGUGGGGGAGCGGGAGAUGUCCGGUAAAGCUCUGAGCGAGGCGCCAGACGGUCUGAUCGCCCUCCAGCUCAUCAAUGGGAAGAACGAAUCGGCCCACAUCACCGACGCCGUGGCGGUGGUGGCCCAGUCCAUCCAGGAGCUGUUUGAGAAGGAGAACAUCACAGAACCGCCCAAGGGCUGCGUGGGCAACACCAACAUCUGGAAGACGGGGCCUCUUUUUAAACGAGUUCUGAUGUCAUCCAAAUAUCCGGAGGGUCUGACGGGACGCGUCGAGUUCAACGACGACGGAGACAGGAAAUACGCCCACUACACUAUUCUGAACUACCAGAAGUCUCGCCUGGUUCAGGUCGGCAUUUACAACGGCACGCAGGUGGUGAUGAACAAUCAGCGCAAGAUCAUCUGGCCUGGAGGGGAGACGGAGAAACCGCAGGGCUUCCAGAUGUCGACCCGAUUAAAGAUCGUGACGAUUCACCAGGAGCCAUUUGUUUAUGUGAAACCGACGAUGCAAGACGGGACGUGCAACGAGGAAAAGGCAUUAAAUGGAGUGAUUAUAAAGAAGGUUAUCUGUACUGGGCCCAACGAGACCAUCCCAGGGCGUCCCAUCGUGCCACAGUGCUGCUACGGCUUCUGUGUCGACCUGCUGAUCAAACUGGCCAUGACSAUGAACUUCACCUACGAGGUCCACCUGGUGGCUGAUGGGAAGUUUGGAACCCAGGAGCGGGUGAACAACAGCAACAAGAAGGAGUGGAACGGCAUGAUGGGAGAGCUGCUGGGUGGGCUGGCUGACAUGAUCGUGGCGCCGCUGACCAUAAACAACGAGCGUGCCCAGUACAUAGAGUUCUCUAAACCCUUUAAAUAUCAAGGCCUCACUAUUCUAGUCAAAAAGGAAAUUCCUCGAAGUACGCUGGACUCAUUUAUGCAGCCGUUCCAGAGUACGCUGUGGCUGCUGGUGGGUCUUUCGGUGCAUGUGGUGGCGGUGAUGCUUUACCUUCUAGACCGGUUCAGUCCAUUUGGAAGAUUUAAAGUAAACAGUGAGGAAGAGGAAGAAGACGCCCUCACCUUGUCAUCUGCCAUGUGGUUCUCCUGGGGAGUGUUGCUGAACUCUGGAAUUGGAGAAGGUGCACCGCGCAGCUUUUCGGCGAGAAUCCUUGGCAUGGUGUGGGCUGGCUUUGCUAUGAUCAUUGUGGCUUCUUACACUGCCAACCUGGCUGCCUUCCUGGUGUUGGACCGGCCUGAGGAGCGCAUCACCGGCAUCAAUGACCCGAGGCUGAGAAACCCAUCCGAUAAGUUCAUCUACGCCACGGUGAAGCAAAGCUCCGUGGACAUCUACUUCCGACGACAGGUGGAGCUUAGCACUAUGUACCGCCACAUGGAGAAGCACAACUAUGAGAGUGCUGCAGAGGCUAUCCAGGCCGUGCGUGACAACAAGCUGCAUGCUUUCAUCUGGGACUCUGCGGUGCUGGAGUUUGAAGCCUCGCAGAAGUGCGACCUGGUGACCACGGGAGAGCUGUUUUUCCGUUCGGGCUUUGGCAUAGGCAUGCGCAAGGACAGCCCCUGGAAACAGAAUGUGUCCCUGGCCAUUCUCAGUUCUCAUGAGAACGGCUUCAUGGAAGACCUAGAUAAAACCUGGGUGAGAUACCAGGAGUGUGACUCGCGGAGCAAUGCCCCAGCCACACUCACCUUUGAGAACAUGGCAGGAGUCUUCAUGCUGGUGGCCGGAGGCAUUGCGGCGGGGAUCUUCCUCAUCUUCAUCGAAAUCGCCUACAAACGCCACAAAGACGCCCGCAGGAAGCAGAUGCAGCUGGCCUUUGCGGCCGUCAACGUCUGGAGGAAGAACCUGCAGGACAGUAAGGAAGCCUGUGGAGGUCAAGCGGUGACUGGGACUCCCUCGUUACCCUCUUCCUCUGUAGAGACUCAGGAUGAUAGGAAAAGUGGUAGAGCAGAGCCCGACCCCAAAAAGAAAGCCUCUUUUAGGUCCAUCAGUACCACCCUGGCUUCCAGCAUCAAGAGACGUAGGUCCUCCAAAGACACGCUCCAGUCAAAKCUGCUGCGUUUGUGCUGCUCCGUCACAUUGAAGCGUUUCUCCCUGAGAGCGGUUAGCUUCCUGCUGCUGCUGCUGCAUUAGAAGCAACGAGCAGUUCCCACCCACUGACGCCUCGGGCCAGCUCAACCUGUCUGACCCGUCCGUCAGCACCGUGGUGUAGAGACAGAGCACAGAGAGAGGGAGAGAGAGAGAGAGAGAAAAGAGAACGACGUUGAGGCCGUUCACGAAGAAGAAGAAGACUCCACGUUUCCUUCAGCUGAAUGAAAACCUGAAGAAGAAGAAACGACUCUGAUGAACUUUGCACCUUUUUUAAAAACAGGAUUAUCUAUCCGGUCUUAGAUGUUUUUAGGAUUGCUAAGCAUGCACAGAGGAACCCAUYUUACUCACAUAUACGAUCUUUUCCUUCUGUAUGUUAAACCUUAGCCUUGUUUUGUCCUUUUACUCGCAUAAACUUAAUGUUCGGUGUUUGAUUUGAUCGAUUUCCUGCGUAGCUUUUAGACAAACGGUUCAUUUUAGGGGUGAAAAUCUGUUUCUGGUUCCAACUGAGGCUAAAAUAGAGCAGAAGAAUCGACUUGUAGUGCAAUAAAAAAAAAAACUGCUAGAGAUGAAUUAUUUUUAAUAGGAAUUAUAUCCGAGUUUCUAUCGACACUUUAAAUGUUUUUAGACAUUUUAAUGGGAUAAUGGCACUUAAAAACGAGCUUCUGGUGAAAUGAAAGCAUGCGUGUGCUUGUAUGAAAAUGUAGAAGCUUUGUGUAAUUGAAUGAUGAUGAUGAUUAAUGCAAUUUCUAGGAAACGUUUAUUAGCACUUACAUGCCCAAGGCAGUUAUUUUAAAUGUUGGCAAAAAGCUUUGACUCCUSGGUUUUCCAGACCUUAACAAAAGGUUUUUAUUCUCUCUUCCUCUCUCCCGCAGCUGCCGUCUUUCUCACCUCCAGCUUUUGGAAGGGGUUGCAUCAAAGGGCCGCGUUUCCCAGCCAACCACCGCUCGGCCUUUCGUGCAAAACCUCAGCGAACUUUUGCACGAAACGACCGGAGUGAGCUGGAAUCUGCAGGCGCGUCUCGGUUGGCUGGGGAAACGCGCCGUUUCCCGUUUUCUGGAGGCGAGAAACACCUGCUGCCCCCCAGCUGCGCUGCCCUCCGCGGAGUCCGGCGCCGCUUUGCACUUUAUCCUGAUUGGUCUCCUUCGUUCAGCCCCCCCAAAACGCUCAAAACUACCCAGAAUKCAUUUCGCUUUCUAAUAGAA